AGUGCAAAGAUCAAGAAAAUGGCGGACAUUGUUGGAAGUUGCUAUGGUGUUCGGAUUUCUGAGAUUUAAAUUCGAUAUCAGGGUCGUUGGCUGUAUUUGUAAAAGGAUGGUUGAUCAGAAAAGUGUCUUCCUUUAUUUCUUGGCUAUGUCUCGAUGAUUAGGCCUUUACUGUGAAGCAAAAUGAAGGACAAAAAGACAUACAGAAUGAAAAUAAUUAGCAUGGGAAAUGCAGAAACAGGCAAGAGUUGCAUUAUAAAGAGAUACUGCGAGAAGAGAUUUGUGUCAAAAUAUAUGUCGACAAUUGGUAUAGAUUAUGGUGUAACCAAGGUGUCUGUUGGAGAAAAAACCUUGAAAGUGAACAUUUUUGAUAUGGCUGGGCAUCCUUAUUUUUAUGAGGUUCGUAACGAGUUUUACAAAGACACCCAAGGUGCCCUUCUUGUUUAUGAUGUCACUGACCGUGAAUCCUUUGAAAUGCUAAGUAGCUGGCUCGAUGAGCUGAAAAAAGAUGCUGGAAGCCCAGCUGAGGUUGAUAAAAUUGUGAUAGCAGUAUGUGCAAACAAAACAGAUAGGCAGACGAACAGAACAGUAAACGAGAGUGAAGGGAGGCUGUGGGCUGAAAGCAAGGGGCUCCUAUACUUCGAAACCUCAGCCCAGAAUGGUGACGGUGUUCAAGAAAUGUUUCAGUCGUUGUUUGAAACGAUGGCGGUGACUGUGGAAAGCGGAGUUAAGCCGAAAAUAAGAAGCGGCAGUGCUCUGGGAUAUACCAAAGAGCAAGCUGAUGCCAUUUCCCAGUUGAAACAGGGCAAAGACAACUACGAACGACUCGGCCUUCGCUUUGGAGCUUCGAGCGAUGAAGUAAACAAGGCAUACAAGAAGCUCGCUGUUCUUUUGCAUCCUGAUAAAAGCGUCGCCCCUGGCACGGAAGAAGCUUUCAAAAUACUUGUCAGCGCAAGGUCUUCAUUGCUUUCAAAUCAAAAAGGAGAGUGAAUAUGCCAGACAUUUGCUUACCAGGUAGCAAUUCACACUUAUUCUAGUUGCAAAGAUAUUUAUCAUUGGCUUUGUCCCUCGUUGUAUAUCUUGUUUAAUGAAAGUUUGGUGUGACAUUACUCUUCUCUUACCUUGUCAUGUCACGUCAUGUCAUGUCAUAUCAUGUCAUGUCAUGUCAUGUCAUGUCAUGUCAUGUCAUGUCAUGUCAUGUCAUGUCAUGUCAUGUCAUGUCAUGUCAUGUCAUGUCAUGUCAUGUCAUGUCAUGUCAUGUCAUGUCAUGCACUUUAGGAAGCUACGUUUAACAAUUUUUGUUAAGUUUUAGCAUUUUUUUAUGCCUUUUUCUUUAUCGAUCCAAUGACAUGGUUGAAGAUUUUAGCUAAGCAGUCUUCACUGAACUGACCUAUUAUUCAAAGAGCCUUGUACCGCUAAAUGCGAAAUUGAUUGUCCACAACACACACUCGAUGGAAUAGGAAUUUUUAAGUGUUUGUUGCCUUAAAAGUUUAUAUGUGCAGUUGCAUUUAGGAUUUUAAGUGAGUAAUUCAGAAACCUGUUUUGUACCCUUCAGUUCCUUAUAGUUGUAAAGUUUGAUCUCCAAGAUAACACUAUAUAAUAUGAUUGUGUGUAAUAUUUGAAUGAUUUUAAAUAUAUUGAAAUGUAAUAUAUUCAUGUUCUAUUGUAUAUGAGUAGUUAGACAAGAAGAGCAAUAACUUUCUGUCUAUUUUGUAAAUUGCGUUUCAAAUGCUAGUGUACAUUGCACACUUGAUAUAAAUCUGCAAUUUCCAUA